GUAGCAUAUGUUCCCAAAGUGGGGUACGCGUACCUACAGGGGUACGCCAAUUGUAAUGGGGGAACGUGAAUAAAAAUGAGAAAAAAAAUCAAAAACAAUUAGCGGCUAACGCUCUCAUUUACGAGUGUACCUGAAUGCCUCACGGCGCAAUGGCGAACAGAGCAGAAAUCAGGAAGGAGACAGCACACGAUGUUGUCCAUUGUUCUGUGUGCAUCAUAUGAACAAAUAAGGCAGCUCACUGAUGACUGCUUAUGCUGUGAAAAGUGACAAAACCUCCCUUUAUGGUGGGAGAACUGCAAAGUCAGCAUGGAUGACGCACUCAGGUCAGAAGCUCCGUCCACUCUCACUGAGACACACACACACACGCAUGCACAUUUACUGACAACAGACACGCUCAGCGCACACUAAAUGAUGUUUGUGCAAAGAUAAAUGUUUGACAUGAAGAGAUGAACUACAUUCAGCUACAACAGCUUGUCAUAGUGCAAUAUCUACACACCCCCACACACACACACGCGCGCACACCCACACACACACACACACACACACACACGCAAUCCCAUCUCAGUGGCGACUUCGGCGAUGAGCUGCUCUGGCUUUUCCUUGCAGAAUCUGAUCCCACCUCUGCACACACAAAUCAGGAGGAUUAGCACGGAGUUAAUUAGUGAUGUAUCACUAUUGUUUGUAUAGAGAGACAAUGGCAGAAGAUACUAAAGCUAGUGUGCCCCCCCCCCCAACUCAGAGCCAACCAUCUUCACAUUCAAAUAGACGUGUCACGUAUAAGAAAGUCUUCUUGGAGAGCAAUAAGUAAACAUGUGAAAAAAACUAAACACGCCUAUUUGACUAGCCUGGGUAACUUUGCUCCAUCCACAUACAGUAUAUCCAACAUCCAAAAAUUUUUAAUCAUCCUGCCCUGCUCUGCACUUAGCAAUAACAUCUUCUGCAGCCCGUUAAAGCAGCAAACUACUGUAGUUAGGCCAUGGGUGUCCAAAGUGUGGCUUGUUUUUUUUCUUCUUGUUUUGUCAAACAGCACGUCUUGGCACGUGUGUUUACACUGGUAGCAAAACUCAGCAUCAUUUUGUUUUGUGGCAUUAAAGUAAGGUGUCAGCAUGUCUUACCUUGACCUUCCUGCCCAUCUUGUCCUUCCAUUUCUGAGCGAUGGAGCCGUCAAUCAGGAGCAACCUGCAAUGCAACACCCCCCCACAUCAGCUUCCAGUCACAGUGCUAAGCUAGUAGCAGACACGCCUCAACCACCGUUUACCUGGACGUCUCUUCGUUUUCGUAGCCCAUGAUUAGGUACUCCUCCCCGGCCGUCACAGGGGGGCACAGGCAGGAAGACGAGUAGUACAGAGUCAGCGUCUCCCUGGGAAUGUUGACCAGGGAAGACUUGAGCACCUCCUUCACCUCCACCACCGCUGUGGGCUCCAUGCCGCGAUUCCUCACCUCCCUCACCCUGGCUCGGAUCACUAAGGAGCACACACAACUUGACUGGGAAUCAUCCAGACCCCCACUGCCAAAUGUAUUGGACUGGAAAAGUACAUGAAUUCGCCUGUAACCUUCCACUGUUGACUCCCAACGGAUGAAAAUGGCUGGAAAAACAAAUGUGGAAUCUUCCUCCAACAUAAUGUGUGGUCAAAGACUUUAAUGACGUGCAGACGUCCACUUUCCAAAUCCUCCUGGGCUCGGGAGUCAUCCGGAUAAGCCUCGGCGCUCUCUCACUUUAACGCUUUGGGUUGGAAAUGAAGUAGCACGCCACCGCAGACGCCAUGUAGACGCCUUUUCACGGGUCACGUGACUUAAACUUCCAGGCAAAAGUAUUGGGACAGCAACAGGACGUGAAGAGUGAAGAACCUUUGCAAACACAACAGCUUCCACUCGUCUGGGAAGAUUUUUCUACAGGAUUUUGGAGUAUGACCCGUGUGUUUCUUUACUUGAGUCUUAUAGGACAUCAAUGGAUUUCAAACAUUACCCUGAGGAACUCCACUCAAAAUUGCGUCUUAGUGUUUGUUACUAUGGAUGGGUGAUGGAGCGUUGUUGCACAAAAAAGUAUCGCGUCACGUGAAAAAUAAGGGCACCCAUGACGGUAUAUCAUGUACUGUACAUAUACUAUACGAUUUUGGUCAAACGUACUGGGAUGGCUACAGGAAGUGAAGAAAAUGUGGAGCCUUUGCAGCCAGAACAGCUUCCAGUCCUGUCGGAAGACCUUCGACAAGAUUCGGAAGUGUCUACAUUUGUGAGGUCAGAAUUCACUAAAGCUGGACCUUCUACACCAAACUCCUCCAAAUAUGCCUUUAUGGCCCUUGCUUUGUGCACUGGCAACAGAAAAGUGUCUUCCCACAAUUGGCCAAAAUGCCUUACUAAGAUGAAGAACAAAGAUUCAGGGACAUCUAAGGACUCUAGUCCAACCUCUCAUUCAUUCAUUGCGUGUCUCAAUACAUUUGUCCAUAUGACAUAUGCAAAACUCACCAUAGUUGUAGUUGUUCUUCAGGUAGGUUUUCAAACCCAUUUUGACUGUCUUACAUCUGCAGCGAUCUACACACACACACACACACACACACACACACACACACACACACACAGGAUACAGGAUCAGUACGUGAUUCCAUCCCAUGGGAGACCCCUCCUUCCCCCCUUUAAACCCCCCUCAUCAGUUUACCAGGUCCUCUGCAGUGAAGGUUGUUGGAGUCCAUUGGAAAGUCUGGACUGGAUUCUGUCAAAAGCAUCAAAGCAGGAGCAGGUCAACAUGUUUUUCAGGAAUUCAUGGCAUUAUUUCUGAACAGAGAAAAGUUCAAAGGUUAACCUCACCUGGGUUACACCUGGCCGGGUCCUGGUAGUAUGGAUCUACGGAAACACAAGAACACCGGUCAGUUUGGGAAUUAUUUAAAAAAAAUACAAUCCUGGUUUGUUAUUUGAACGUCAACACUAGGGAUGACCAUGAUUGGUCAUUUGGUGUAAUGUGGGGAGUUCAUCCCUCCCUUGUCAACGCAGUGGCGCUGUCUGGGUGCUUCACUGACACUGGUAAGAAGCUGCUGAGGAGGCAAAGGUUACCUGGUCCCUCGGCCUUGACGAUGGCCUCGGGCGAGAUGCAGACACCGCGGUCGUAGAGUGGCAGCUCACUGCAGGCCAGGCUGUCGGGCCAGCUGUGGUUGUAGCGCUUCAUGACGGGCUCGCAGCCCUGCUUUGCGCGCUCACACACUGCCUUGCACGGCUUGAUGGGCUCGUGCUGGAAGUCGAUGGUGCAGAUGGGAGCGUACAUGGCGCACAGGAAGAAGAGCAAGUCCGGACUGCAGCCGGUACCUAAGGGGAGACACAGGACUCGGAACAGGAUUAGCAGGGUCGUCCUGGUUCAAAUUGACACUCCUGCAGACUGAGCUCAGAGCGAGGUCAGUCCGGUCUGGCAUGGGCGGCCGAGUUCCACGCAUUGUUUCCUCAGACCGGGCUUGUCCACUUCCCCUGCUGUCUGCGGUUUGCUUUGCCAUGUGGGUUUCCGACCGCCGUCUUUGAACCUCCUCGGAGGUGACCUCAUGAUGUCAAAGGACCAAUCGGCAAGAUUCACCACGUCAAUGCUGAUGUCGUCACUGCGACCACCAUGUCGUCCUCGAGCAACAGUGGGAGGAGCUUCCCAGAGUAAAGAUACUCACAGGUGUGACGGCACUGCUCUCGUACCAGCCUGUCCAGGCUCAGGUGUCAUCAGAGGCAGAGAACCUGGACCGGGUUAAACACAGACGUGCAUGGAGAAAUUGGUCUCUUUUUGUGGAUUCUGAACUAAACCACCACCUUGGUUUCUGGACUUUUAAGUGGACGGUUUGCCAAGUGUCAUCCUGCGCCGGAACAGGCUUUCAUCCCACUCAGCGUCAGUUCCCUUCCAGGACUACGUCUUGGGUCCUGCUUCUGUCUGGUCCAUCCUAGCCCGGCCUGGUCAUGCAGUCCCUGGCUGAGGAGAUCCAGAGUUUCUCUCGGACACGUCUGAAGAGGCAGUGCACCCGCGUGACUUCACUGAGUGGCCGCCGCAUCAUUGAGACCUGGAAGGGGUCAAUGAUGACGGUAGUGGACGACCCGGUCCCCCCGGAGAAGCUGUUGGGAUAUGUCCCAGACACCUCAUGGGACCUUCAGGUGGGCGUGGUCAAGCCCUACCUGCUGCUGGGUUCUCAGGAUGCCGCACACGACUUCAGCACCUUAAGGAAGCACAAGGUGUCCCACAUCCUCAACGUGGCUUUUGGAGUGGAGAACGUCUUCCCCGACCUGUUCAUCUACAAGACAGUUAGCAUUCUGGACCAUCCCGACACGGACCUGGUGCCACACCUUCAGGAAUGUUGUGACUUCAUCCAGCAAGCUCAAGCUGAGAAAGGCGUGGUCCUGGUCCACUGUAACACUGGCAUCUCUCGAGCUCCAGCGGCGAUCAUUGGCUACCUGAUGUCACGUGACGACCAGUCCUUUGACGACGCCCUCUCCUGUGUCAAGGCAGCCCGGCCCACCGCCUGCCCAAACCCUGGCUUCCUGGAGCAGCUGAGGAAGUACAAGAUGGAGAAGAUGCCUGCCAGGAAACACUGAAAGUAGUCGAAAACAUGAAAAGAAGAAAAUAUUUGCUCUUUUUCGUCUGUUGGCAUCCUGGUUACAUUUGUUUAGCACACAGCACCCUCUAGUGGAAGGAGUCGCGAGCUGAAUCAUUAGCAAACUUUACCACAAGAGGUCAAAAGAUCAUUGAGAACAUUCAUUGAAUUGCGGAAACCGUUCCCUGGAUGUGCGCACGUAGAAGCAAACAACGCAGAUGCGUGUUACAAUUUGAUUAAAGUGUUUUUUGUUUUUUUUUAGCUCGUCGCUGUCGAUGACGUCUUCUUAUGUUUUGUUGCUGUCAUGUUGUUCAUCUCUUUGAUCUUGUGUGUAUUUUCAUUGGCAGACUAAACAUGUGAAAUGAAAUAAAUACAAGCUCAUGCUUGUACACACGUCAAGCCCAAAAAUGACGUCUUCUGACAACUACGUUUUGAAGUUUUUGUUUUGAAAUGGCCACAUGUUCAAAUGUUGUAAAUGUGUGAGAGGAGCUCAGGACUUUUUGAAGGCAAACACAUUUUGACUGAAGACAAAAGUGGCAAAGAAAUAGCUAUUUUCUAUGACACGUCUUGUCAUUCCUAAAUGCUCAAAGUCAUUUUAGUGUUAAAGCCACACUUGAGUCACAUGAGGGCAUCUAUUGUGCAGCUCUAGAAAACCUCACUGUCCAAAUACUUCUGCUGCUAAUUCCAUCCCAUAAUAUGA